AUGCCUUUAAUUAAAGCUCAAUUUCGUUUCUAUUUUAAUUCUUUUACAACUGAAAUUGUUUUGCCAUUUAUAUUUGCAGCAAAGGCUAACACAAAACUAAAAAAGCAAUUUAAUGAAUUAAAAUGUUUAUUUGAAAAUUAAAAAAGAUUAAUUGAUUAAAAUGUUACCAAAAGUAUCAGUGAAAUGAACAUUGCUAUGGAUGGAGUUAUCAAAAACUUUUUAACUAAUAUCAAAAGGCCUAAUUUAAAUAACUAAAGAGCCAUAGCUUGGUUAGACAAUAACAUAGAAAAUCAUAAUUAACUUAAAGAAUUAGAAAUUGUUUUCCAAACAUUUAAUAUUGUCAUUUUACAAAUGAUCAUCAAAGUCUUAUCAAUUUUUUAAAUGAAAAUUACAUUACUUUUCUGAUAUUAUAAGGAUCGCUGGCAAAGGAAACUCUGCAUAUGCUAUUGACUUAUCCUAAUAUUCAUUCAAUUCUUAUUUAUUGUAAGUUUCCAGAAAAAUAUGAGGACCUUAUCUAAAAGUUUAAAUAAAUUGUAUAUAUCAUAAAUCAAUAAGAUGAAGUGAUUGCAACAUUGGAGAAGAACUUAGCGCCUUCUUUAGUAUUAAGAGAAAUUAAUUUAUACUAGUUUCCGAAUUAUUUUUAAUAGAAUGAUGCUCUUUAUUAUCUUUCUGACUAAUUUUCGUUAAGUAGUAUUCCUUAACUAUCCAAAGAUGAAGCUCUUAAAAUAAUUUAAAACACAAUGUAAUACGUACCAAAAUCAGUAUAUAUAUUAUCUGAAGAGGCUUAAGCAGAAAUAGCUCUUUAAAUUCACGAGAAAUUUAAAAAUGGACAAAUUGAGGCUAUAAUUAAUCUCUAUACAGGGCCUAGUGAAUUUUUUAAAUUUAUUAAUAAGCUUCUAUAAAGUUUAAAUGAAAAAGCAAUUUUAGAAGCCUCAGUCUUCAUAUAAUCAUUAAAAUAUAGUUUAGAAAAAUACUAAGACAAUAUAGACCAAAAUUUAUUUGUCUCUAAUAAUUUCUUCCUUUAUAGAAGAGUAGAUUGUACAAUUGAUUCCUUUAAACUAAAACAUAAAUUAUAUGAUUUAAUGAUGUUUCCUGCAUUCACUUCCACUAGCAGAGAUUUUGCAAUUAGUAAAUCCUAUGCUAAGGAUUCUGGAAUUAUAUUUAGAAUCUCCUUUAAUGAAAAUAAUUUAGAAGAGAUGGCGAGACCCAAAGCAAUUUACACGGUUUCCUAAUUUUAGAAUGAAUAAGAAUAUUUAUUUUCUUGUUUUUCAUGUUUCAUUAUUACAAAAUUUAAUGAAGUUAAUCUAAUAGAUAUAGAAUUUGUUAAAAUUUGA